AUGUCGUCAAGACGUGUAGCAAUUCGCCAUGGUGGUCAUUGGGAGAGAUCCAAUUACAUAGGUGGUGACGAGGUUCUUUUAUACAUGCCUGUGGGUUUGUUAUCCUAUGAUAAUCUAGUACGAGGGAUUAACGAGCAAUUGGAUUGUGAUGAAAGCGCCUCUGAUUAUUUGUUUCAUUAUCUGAUGAGCAUGAGCGAUGGUAGGAGAACAAAAGUUGCCUUGAAAAGUGAUACAGAUUUUUUUCGACUGCUUUUGGAACAGAAUGACUAUCCAGUAGUCUAUGUUGUCAAGAAAGGCAAGCAGCCAACCGGAGAUGUAGAAAAUCGCACAGAGUCAAGGUGUUUUGGUGAUGGCAAGCGUCAAACAGUCGACGCGCAUGCUCAGAUAGUGUCUUCCGAUGAUGAGGUCGUCGACAAGCGUCGUGAAGAGAUAGUGUUGGCGGCAAUCCAUGAAUUUACAGGUUGGAUUCGCCAACCUGGUCACCUCGAGAAGAUGAUUGGGAAUCGUAAAUUUUCUUCUGAUGAUCAUGAUUUUGAUAGUACCUUACCAUUGAAUUGGGCUGAACCAUCGUUUCCAGAUAAAGACCAACUUGCGGUGAAUGCCACAUUUCGGUCUAAGGAUGAGUUGGCAAUUGCUGUAGGGCUUUAUCACAUGGAGAAAAAAGUGGAGUACGCGGUGGAUCGAUCCACCACCGAACGUGUGGGUUAUAUCUGCAAACAUGACGACGAAUGCCCUUUCAUGUUGCGUGCAGUCCAGGAAGUUGGACUUUGGAGAAUCAUUAAGUUCAUUCCAAACCACACUUGUCGUUCGAAUUUGACUCGCACUGCUCCGAGAAUGGUGCCGUCUAGAGUAGUUGCUGCAUACUUUUCACGAAAAUUAUCGGUGGAGAGGAUUGUUCUAAAACCGAAAGAGAUGAUGGAUGAAAUGCUUAGGCUAUUUGGCAUUCAGAUGGGCUACAAGUUUGCUUUGCGGUCCAGGGAUAUUGCUCUAGAGAUGAUGUAUGGUGGGUUCGAGCAGUCUUAUCAGAGGCUCCCGACUUAUCUAUACUUGUUGGGGGAGCGUAAUACUGGGACCAUAUAUGAUGUUCAGACUACUCAGACGGGUGAGUUCCGCUACAUGUUUUUAGCUCUUGGACAGUCUAUUCACGCCUUUCAAAAUCAUCUUAGGCCUGUCAUUGUAGUAGAUGGAACCCACCUUAAAGGAAAGAACAAAGGGGUUCUCUUUGUCGCAGUUACUAAAGAUGGUAACGAAGGGGUCUUUCCACUUGCAAUUGGUCUUGGUCCGAUCGAGAAUGACGAAUCAUGGACAUAUUUUUUCUCGAUGUUGCGUGCGAGCCUAGGAGAUCCACCGGAUGACUUACUGAUCGUGUCUGAUCAACACACGAGCAUCCGGAGUGCCAUUGAGUCCAUAUACCCGAAUGUUGCUCACGGGUUGUGCUUUUAUCAUAUACAGAAGAACUUGGCGCGAUUUGGCCGUCACGUAGCUGAAAUAUACAAAAAUGCAGCCUACAGUUAUCGACAUGAAGUAUUUAACUUGAGCUUUGCUGCUUUGGAAGCCCACCACCGGGCGGGUGCUUACAAGAGACUGACAGAUAUUGGGGUUGAAAGGUGGGCAAGAUCGAAGUGUCCGGUACGGCGCUACAGUUUUAUGACGUCUAAUGCAGCUGAAAGUAUGAAUGCUCGAUUGUUAUGGGCGAGACGUCUGCCGGUUUGCGCCAUGUUGGAAGUGUAUCGCUCAACUGUAGAACAAUGGUUUGACCAACGACGCGCAGAAGCUUUAGCCAGAGACCACGAGAUGACAAAGGAGGCUUUCAGAAAACUAUCUUUAUCUGUAGAAUCGGGUCGUCGCUAUACUGUUCGGGGAACAACGACACAUGUAUUUAAAGUCGAAUUAGAGAACAAGACAACCUUUGUUGAUCUACAAAGCUGGACAUGCGAUUGUCGUGAGUUUGAUUUGGACAUGAUACCGUGUCGUCACGCUUGUGCUGCUAUACGGCAUGCCAACCUCAACGUCUAUGACUUUGUGGGACGUUAUUUCAAACAACAUGCCUUAUUACAAACUUAUGCAGCUCGGGUAGAGCCAGUUCCACAACCUGACACGUGGGAUGUGCCGACUUCAGUAUCUGGCUACAUUAUUCGACCACCGGUCAUUAAGCGACAAUCUGGACGACCGAAAGACAGCAGAGCUCAAUCACAUCUUGAGAAAUCGUCGUCCACCACACCGCGUCAAAUUUGUGGCAGGUGUAAAGGCCAUGGGCACAAUAGGAGAUCAUGCGCGGCAUCUCUUCCUACCGAGGACGUGGACCCUCAACCACAGAAGGGCCGACAAAAGAAGAAGUGCACGACUGUUAUUGUGCACCGGAUAACUGUGUAUGCAUUCGACUGUGUUCUAUCAUUGUGCACUGUCAUUGUGCACCGUAUAACUAUUCCUUUUGGCCGAUUUGAGGGCGUUUGGGCAAUGGAAAUUAAGAACUUGAACAUCCUAAGUUAA